AUGAUGUGCGAGGUGCUCCCCACCAUCAUCGAGGACGCGCCGCGCGGCCCCGCGGAGGGGGCGGGGCUGGAGCCGCUGAUGGUGCAGAUGCUUCGGGAGCGCGAGCGGCUGCUGGACACGCUGCGGGACACGCAGGACGCGCUCGCUACGGCUCAACUGCGCAUGCGCGAGCUGGCGCACGAGAAGGAGCUGCUGCAGCGGCAGCUGGCUUGCGCGCUCCCGCAGGAGCUGGCUGUGCUGACCAAGGAGCUGAACCUGUGCCGGGAGCAGCUCCUGGAGCGGGAGGAGGAGAUUGGAGAGCUCAAGGCUGAGAGGAACAACACCCGACUGCUGCUGGAGCACCUGGAGCACCUGGUCUCUCGCCACGAGCGCUCCCUCCGCAUGACCGUGGUCAAGCGCCAGGCUCAGGCUCCCCCUGGGGUCUCCUCUGAGGUCGAGGUGCUCAAGGCCCUAAAGUCCCUGUUCGAGCACCACAAGGCCCUGGAUGAGAAGGUCCGGGAGCGGCUGCGGGUGGCGCUGGAGCGAGUGGCUGUGCUGGAGGAGGAGCUGGAGGUGUCCAACCAGGAGGCUCUGUCCCUACGGGAGCAGCUCUCCCGGCGCCGCUCGGGACUGGAGGAUGCUCCCAGUGAUGGGGAUGUACCGCCCCCAUCCGAGUGCCGCCGCCGUGAGCAGGAGCUGGAGGCCUCGCUCUGCCGUCACCGCGCUCUGGCCGCAGCCCAACGGGAGCGUGUGGCUGCCAUGAGCCGGCAGCUGCUGCGGGCACAGGACGAGGCAGCUGCGGCACAGAGAGAGCUGAGCCGGGCACAGGAGAGCGGAGCCAAACUGCAGCGGGACCUCAAGGAGGCGCUGGCUCAGCGUGAGGACAUGGAGCAGCGCAUCACCACCCUAGAGAAGCGCUACCUGAGCGCACAGCGAGAGGCCACAUCCCUGCAUGACACCAACGACCGGCUGGAGAGUGAGCUGGCCUGCAAGGACUCACUGUACAGACAGAGCGAGGAGAAGGGCCGGCAGCUGCAGGAGUGGCUGGAGGAUGCUAAGGCAAAGCUGCAGCAGACACUGCAGAGAGCAGAGACCCUGCCUGAGAUAGAGGCACAGCUGGCACAGAGGGUGGCAGCGCUCAACAAGGCUGAGGAACGCCAUGGCAACUUCGAGGAGCGGCUCCGUCAGCUCGAGGCCCAACUGCAGGAGAAGAACCAGGAGCUGCAGCGGGCUCGGCAACGGGAGAAGAUGAAUGACGAACACAACAAGAGGCUGUCGGAGACUGUUGACAGGUUACUGAGCGAGUCCAACGAGAGGCUGCAGCUGCACCUCAAGGAGCGCAUGGGGGCGCUGGAGGAGAAGAAUUCCCUAAGUGAGGAGAUAGCCAACAUGAAGAAGGUGCAGGAUGAGCUGGUGCAGAACAAGGAGCAGCUCUUGGCCGAGAUGGAGCGGAUGCAGCUGGAGCUGGACCAGCUCCGUGGGCGCCCAACGUCCUCCUACUCCAGGUCCCUGCCCGGCAGUGCUCUGGAGCUGCGGUACCCACAGAGCCCUGCAGGGGGCGCCCCCCUGGAGCCCUAUGGCCCCGCCCCCCCCCGCCGCUCCCGCAAGGGCCGCUGGGCCCCCCCCGCGGAGGACGGGACCAAGGGCUCAGACUGGGACCCGCUCCCAGCAGAGGGCUCGGAUGAGGAGGGGGGGCCGGGGGGGGGGGAUCUGUCCCCUGGCUCCCAUCCGGAUGUACAGACCCUGGCGGUGCUGCUGCAGGAGCAGCUCGAGGCCAUCAACAAGGAGAUCAAGCUGAUCCAGGAGGAGAAGGAGACCACGGAGCUGCGGGCAGAGGAGCUGGAGAUCCGGGUGGGGGCAGGGCCGCCGGACGGGACCCCCCCCCCCCCAACGCGCUACCGAGGAGGGGGGGGAGGGGGCGGGGCAGGGGGCGGGGCCUCGCUGCCCCCCUCCCUCACCAGCUCCACCCUGGCCAGCCCCUCCCCCCCCAGCAGCGGCCGCUCCACCCCCCGCCCCGCCCCCCCCAGCCCCGCCCGAGAGAACCAUGUGCCCAAGGAGGAGCCGCGGGGGGGGGAGGAGAAGGGGCCGAGUCCUGGGGAGCCCCCCCCCCGAACCCCCCGAGCGGAGCGGGGGGGGGGCCCCCCCCCCUCGGCGCUGGAGGAGGGGCGAGAGCCACGGGUGGGGCUGGUCCCCGAGGCCCCCCCAGACCCACACAAGACCCCCAAGAAGAAGAGCAUCAAAUCCUCCAUUGGACGCCUCUUUGGCAAGAAGGAGAAGGGUCGGAUCGGACCCCCCCCCGAGGGAUCCCCCCCCCUAGCAGGGACCCCCUCGGAGGAGCUGGGCCCCCCCGAUGCUCUGGGCCUGGCCAAGCUGCCUGGGGCUGUGGACAAGGACAGGAAGAGCAAGAAGAAGCAGGAGCUGUUGGAAGAGGCCUGCAGGCAGGGCCUGCCCUUCGCUGCAUGGGAUGGACCCACUGUGGUGUCAUGGCUGGAGCUGUGGGUCGGGAUGCCAGCCUGGUACGUGGCCGCCUGCCGCGCUCGGGUCCGCAGCGGAGCUGCCCUGGCGGCACUGACGGAACCGGAGCUGCAGCGGGAGCUGGGGAUCAGCCACGCUCUGCACCGGCUCAAGCUGCGCCUGGCGGUGCAGGAGAUGGUGUCACUGACCAGCCCGGCCGCGGCACAGCCGCCACCCAGGGCCUCGGGCAAUGUGUGGGUCACGCACGAGGAGAUGGAGUCACUCUCGGCCAGUACCAAACCGGAGAGCAGAGAGAUCAGCUGGGAGCAGAUCCUGGCCUACGGGGACAUGAACCACGAGUGGGUGGGCAACGAGUGGCUGCCCAGCCUGGGGCUGCCCCAGUACAGGACCUACUUCAUGGAGUCCCUGGUGGAUGCCCGGAUGUUAGAUCACCUGAGCAAGAAGGAGCUCCGGGGGCAGCUCAAGAUGGUCGAUUCCUUCCACCGGGUCAGCCUCCACUAUGGCAUCAUGUGCCUCAAGCGCCUCAACUACGACCGCAAGGAGCUGGAGCGGAGGAGGGAGGAGAGCCAGGCCCAGAGCACCGACGUAGUGGUCUGGUCCAACGAGCGGGUCAGUGCCUGGGUGCAGAGCGUUGGGCUGCGGGAGUUCGCUCGUCACCUGCCGGGGUCAGGAGUUCACGGGGCCCUGCUGGCAUUGGAUGAGUCCUUCGACUGGGCUGACCUGGCUCUGCUGCUGCAGAUCCCCACCCAGAACACACAGGCCCGGCAGCUGCUGGAGAAGGAGUUCAGUGCUCUCAUCAGUGCAGGCACCGACCGGAGGCUGGAUGAGGAGGGCUCCAAGCCCUUCACCCGCUCCCCCUCCUGGCGGAAGCUGUUCCGGGAGAAGGAGCUCCGGGGGGGGGGCCCCGACCCCGAGAUGCUGAACCCCAACUUCCGGGGGGGGCCCCUGAGCACCCCCCCCCUGCCCCUGCGCAAGCUGCAGCCUGAUGGUAACUCUCUGCCCCCCCAGCGGGGGGAUGGGGUCUCAGUGCGGACGUACUCAUGUUAAUGGUGUCCUCAAUGGAUGGAUGAAGCCUGAUGGGGGGGGGGGGCAAA